AUGACACCUAGAGUUCCAGGGCCUUUGAUCAUAUCCCACAAUGGAGCCAGUGGUGUAUAUGCUCCUUGCACAGAUCUUGCUUAUCAACAAGCCAUAACCGAUGGGGCCGACAUCAUAGAUUGCUCUGUCCAACUGUCGAAAGAUGGAGUGGCAUUCUGCUUGGAUUCGGCUGAUCUCACUGGACAAACGACAGCCCUAGCUACUUUUAUGCAACGCUCAACUACGAUUCCUGAAAUCCAGAAGGCAAAUGGAAUCUUCACGUUCGAUCUCACAUGGAGCGAGAUUCAAACACUAAAACCUCAAUUAACAAGUCCUUACGCAGAAAGUCAAUUGUCAAGGAACCCUGCAGAGAAGAACAAGGGAAGCUUCAUGACAUUAUCUGCAUUCUUAGACAUUGCUAAAACGAAGGCAGUUAAAGGAGUUUUGAUCAAAAUACUAAAUGCUGCUUUUCUAGUUUCAAAAAGGACUCUCAGCAUAACAGAUGCAGUCAGUGCCGCCUUGAACAAUGUUACUUUCGACAAACAAAGAGUUUUGAUCCAAUCCGACGACAGUCAAGUUCUAGCGAAAUAUAAGAGUAAUACCAAUUACGAGAAGGUAUUGUUAAUAAUGGACAUGAUUAGCUCUGCACCGAAAGCAACAGUGGAUGAGAUUAAGAAAUACGCAAACGCAGUCACCGUCUACAGAACAUCGAUUGUGAAGAUGACGGAUUCCUUCGCUGCUUCUAUCACCAGCGUGGUGGAUGAUUUGCACGCUGCAAACAUCACCGUGUACGCGUGUUUGUUCAAGAAUGAAUACGUAGCGAUUGCUUUCGAUUACUUCUCUGAUCCAAUGGUGGAGCUCGCCACUUACAUUGUAGGCGUAGGCGUUGACGGAAUCUUCACUGAUUUUCCUGCAACUGCGAACGCAUUCCUCAGAAGUCCAUGCGCUAAUCCAGAUAAUGAACCGUAUUCUAUAUUACCUGCACAACCUGGUUCGCUUCUUCAAUUGACACAGCCAGGGAUACUGCCGCCUUCUGAAGCUCCGGCUCCGCCUCUCACGGUGGCUGAUAUUGUCGAUCCGCCACUAGCCGCUCUGCCAGCAACUGGUGCUGGUUCUGGAUCACAUUCAUCAAGUGGUCAUAGAAAAUUGAUUUCUUCAUUGUUAUCAAUAGCUGCAUUUAUUUGCCUAUUCUCACUCAGAGUUCUUGAGUAG